UAUAAACUCGUCUUGAGCAGGGGAUUGGACUAGAACAGAGUUCCCCAACCUUUCCAGGUUGGCGACCUGGACGGGGGAGAAAGGGGAUGAUUUUGUGGGUAUGAUAGAUGCAUGCAUGCAUGUACACAAGCGCCCGUGAUGUUCGCGAAACUCAUGCAAGUGGGGCAGCAAGCAUCUGCAACGAGGCUCACGCAAGCCGGGCUGCAAGCACCCGCAACAAGGCUCAUGUGAGGCUGCACAUGCCCCAGCAACGCUUGCGUAAGUGGGCCCACAAACAACCGAUGUUCAAGAUGCUGCUCGUGUAAGUGGGCCAUGUGUGCGAGGGGCUGUGCACACGCCCACAGACGCAUGUGCACCAGCCAGCCACUCACACGGCCUGAAGGCAACUAGGCCUCGGCCCAGUAGUGGCUCACAAGUUGGGGAUCCCUGGACUAAAUUUCAAAGGUCCCUUUUAAACCCCAUUAUUCUAUGUUCUAACACUAGAGAUAACAAUCUGGGAAGAGCUUUAUGUUGGAAAGAUGCUUGGUUAGUUGCCUCUGAGUCUACCUCAGAGAAAAGGAAAGCUCAAACAAACUCUUAGAUCAAGAUCUAAUUAAAAAUAGGAGAAGGUUCCAAUCUAGAAAAUGACUGAAGUAACUGCUCUCUGAUAACUCAAUUCCUUUUCUGGCCUGGCCAGUAAUGUAAUUUGUGUAGAUUUCCCUGCUAUCUGACUUACACACACAAAUACAGACACACACACACCCCUCAGGUUCUAUUCCAAUAGCCCUGGCAGAAAGUAAAACGGAGUGGUUUCUCCUGUCACCAACCCAGCUGCUAUAGGCCUGGAAACUAUCAUUCCCAGUUGAUGGCUAGGUUGAAGGAACACACAGGAAUCAGGAGAACAUGUUCAGAGCGCCUCUUGCAGGGGGUUCUUCUCCCAGAAGCCUCCCAGUCCAAGGACCAAAGUUCAAAUUUAGGGAAGAACAGCCUUCUUUCGUCUUUUUCAACCCGUCCCUCUCACCACGCCUUUGAACACAUUCCCCAUACUCUUCAACAGCUCCAUUGCCACAACCCACUAAACCUGAUUCAUGCUAACCAACGCUUGGGGCGAAGAAGAGCGUUUAGCAUGGUGCAAGCCGGCCCAGCCAGCCAACUCAGUCAGGAGUUCCCUGCCGCCAUGCAGGGCUGCAAAAAAAGGCCGGUUUCGGCUCUAGGUCCACGGAACCGUCUGAAGACCGCCCCUUUCCGCCUCCCGACCCCAACCGGUCUGGGUCCGCGCCCGGUUUCCCGCCUUGCGCCGCCUUUUCUUCUCCCCGGUUUUCCCUAGCGCCCCGUCACAAUACCCGCCGGGCCAACCCAACAAUCCGGGGCCGCCCUCCCCGCAGCCGAGAUUGGGCAGAGCCAGAAGGGUGCGCGCGUGUGGAUGCUGUCCGCGGGGACCGGACCGGAGGCGGAGCGAGAGAAGCCACCGCCGCCCCCCGCAGUCGCCGCUGGCCCCGCGCCCACCCGCCAAUCCCAGGCGCAGCCGCCGCUUCCCGCGCGCCCCGACGAGCCCCGGCUCCUGCUGCCCCCGCGCGGCCGCCACCCAAUCGCCCAGCUGGGGGAGCGGCGCGGGGCGGGGCUGGAGUUGCCCGGGCCGCCACUGCCGCUGCUGCCUGCGGCCGGAGCCGGCGGGGGGAAGCAGCAGCCGCCGCCGCCUCCUCCACCGCCGCCGCCGCCAUGGAACAAAGAAAGCGCUGAGCCGAGCGCGGGCCGUGGCGGCGGCAGCAGCAGCAGCGCUAUCAGCGUCGCCAGCGGCGGCGGCGGCGGCAGCAACGCCCAGGCCGCCCCCCAAGAGACAGCGGCGGCGGCGGAGGAGGAGGAAGCAGCGGCCGGAGAGCCCGCCGUCGCCGCAGCAGCAACAACAGCAUGUCUCCCGGCCCCGUGUAGCUGGAGCGCUUCGCCGUCCCCGUCUUCUCCGCCGCCUUGGCCGGCCAUGCCGAGCGGCAGCGCCUCGCCGUCGCCUCCUGAAGAGCCUCCCGACCCGGGAGCGCGGCUGCUGCUGCCAGCCCCACCCAGGCCGCCGCCGGGCCUGCUGCUCCAGUACCACCACCACGCUCAGCCGCCGCCACUGCCGGCUCCCCCUCAGCCGCCGCUGCUGCCGGACACGGGGCUGCUGAGGGAGCGCCUGGCCGGCCUGGGCCUCCGGGAGUGCGGGGACGAGGCCGCCCAGGAGCCAGACGAAGAAGACGAGGAGGAGGAGGAGGAGGAAGAGGAGGCGGCGCCUGAAGAAGGAGAAAGAGACGGCGGUGACUUGGAGCUGGACUUGGAGGAGCCGCCGGACGACGAGGAAGACGAGGCCGCCGAGGAGGAAGAAGAGGACGAAGACGAGGAGGGCUUCCUGGAGCCCCGGGAAGACGGCGGCGGCGGCGUCUGCGGCCCGGUCUCGCUGCUGUUGCUGCCCCCGCCGGCCUCGCCGCCGCUGCUACCCCCGGGGCUGGGCUCGGUGCUGCUACCCCCGCCGCCGCCCGUCCCUGCUCUGCCUCUCCCCGCCGGCUCGGCCUUUGAGGCGCCCGAGGCGGGGGCGCUGGGCGGGGCGCUCUACGGGCCCGGCGACGAUGUCCACGCCGGGGUGAUGGCGGCGAUGCUCUCGCAGUCCUACGGGCUGCCCGGAGUGGCGGCGGUGGCCGGGAUGCCCCCUGGAUCGGUCUUGAACGGAGAGCAGGCGGCGCUGCUGCGAAGGAAGAGCGUCAACACCACCGAGUGUGUCCCGGUGCCCAGCUCCGAGCAUGUGGCCGAGAUCGUGGGCCGGCAGGGUUGCAAAAUAAAGGCCCUGAGAGCCAAAACAAAUACGUACAUCAAGACCCCUGUCCGUGGAGAAGAGCCCGUUUUUGUGGUCACUGGACGCAAAGAAGACGUUGCCAUGGCCAAAAGGGAAAUUCUUUCUGCUGCUGAGCACUUCUCCAUGAUAAGAGCUUCGCGCAACAAAAAUGGCCCUGCUCUGGGAGGGCUGCCUUGUAACCCCAAUCUGCCAGGCCAGACUACAGUCCAGGUCAGGGUGCCUUACCGUGUCGUCGGGCUGGUGGUUGGCCCCAAAGGCGCUACGAUCAAAAGAAUUCAGCAGCAAACCCAUACCUACAUAGUUACUCCCAGUAGAGACAAAGAGCCAGUUUUUGAGGUGACCGGCAUGCCUGAAAAUGUAGACCGGGCCCGAGAAGAGAUAGAAAUGCACAUUGCCAUGCGCACUGGAAACUACAUUGAGCUCAACGAAGAAAACGAUUUCCAUUACAAUGGUACAGAUGUAAGUUUUGAAGGAGGAAACCUUGGAUCUGCCUGGCUUACUUCCAACCCAGUCCCACCUCCCAGUCGCACCCGGAUGAUUUCUAAUUACAGAAACGACAGCUCCAGUUCUCUAGGAAGUGGUUCCACUGACUCCUAUUUUGGAAGCAAUAGGUUGGCUGACUUCAGCCCGACCAGUCCAUUCAGCACUGGCAAUUUUUGGUUUGGAGAGACCUUACCUUCCGUGGGGGCAGAGGAUCUCACCGUCGACUCUCCUGCCUACGAUUCCUUGCCAACACCUUCUCAGACCAUCUGGACACCUUUCGAACCCGUCAACCCACUCUCCAGUUUUGGUAGCGAACCUGCUAAUAAUGUGAAAUCUCCACGGAAAGGGAGUCAGCCAUCCACACCUCGCUUGUCACCGACGUUUCCCGAGACCUUGGAACAUCCCCUAGCCCGGAGAGUGAGAAGCGACCCUCCCAGCACAGUCAAUCAGGUUGGCCUUCCCAUCUAUAUCCCUGCCUUUUCCAAUGGUACCAACAGCUACUCUUCUUCCAACGGUGGUUCCACAUCUAGUUCCCCUCCGGAGUUAAGACGGAAGCACGACUGCGUGAUCUGUUUUGAGAACGAAGUAAUCGCUGCCCUGGUUCCAUGUGGCCACAACCUUUUCUGCAUGGAGUGUGCCAACAAGAUCUGUGAAAAAGAAGCACCCUCGUGUCCAGUUUGCCAGACAGCUGUUACUCAGGCGAUUCAAAUUCACUCUUAAAUAUAUAGAGAUAUUAUAUAUGGACUUUUUAAACUCUUAAUGGCUUGGAUGUAAUGGUACCCCCUAAGUAAACCUAUAAUGAACUCAGACUGUUAACUGGGCUUUCUUGAGAUUAGGCUAACAAAUUGUUUGAAAAGCAUGUACUCUUUUCAAAAAAUAACAAACAAAGGCUUGUUCAGUUAACCUUAUAGGCCUAAGCCAGUCUUUCUCCAUUUCGGUUGCAGCUGUGGUACCUCUAGCAAAGUCCUGGAAGGAAGCCGUGAUGUCGUUGGGAAGUCUUAGGGGCUUAGUUUUUGGAGCAGGAACGUACAAUGAGCAUUCGCAGUCUGUCCAGAUCUCGACAAAGUAUUUCUAAUAAUGGCAGUGAAAGUGAAGUCUUGCGUAGCCCCUGAGCUUAGAAACUAUUAUGGGGUGGGGGGUGGGAAACGGUGCAAAGGAUCAUGAAUGUUUCAAAAUUCUUCCAGCGCUGCCUUCUUUACACUGCCAGUUUUUUCAGAGCAAGUUUGGGGAUGCUUUUUUUUUUUCUCCCUCUUUACAAUAACAAGCUUCAUUUAACUAACGUUGCAAAUAAUUUUACCGUGCAUCAGUUGGUUUCCUGCCAUUCAAGCGAGUAGCCAAGUGAGAGGUUUUUAUUAACGAGAUCAUGGCACGUGGAGGACCGAAGGGGCAAACGGGGAUGAAAGAAGCCUCUUCUCAUCCAGUAAUGUAAUUUGAGGCAACUUUGAGUGAAUCAGGAACGCGUGGGUCUUCCAUUGCUGAGGCCUGGAAAAGCCUUCUUGGUUUCAAAUCAUUGCCAAGGGACAUGGGAGGUCCAACCCCGGACACAAAGGGGCCCCAGUGGUGGCAGUUUGCUUAUUUAUUGGCAGGGGGCAUCUUAGAUAAUGCUCUCUACGUGUGAAUUGCUACUACCUUCCAUUGAAAGGAAGGCAUCCCUUUGUGCCCUUGGUGUUCAUCACACAAUACAAGGUGCAGUUCAUGAUAUGAAUUGUCAUGCUAUGACAUGUCUGUAUGGAUCCCCUUCCCCACCCAUCUCUGCUUCUUGCAGACCCAUGGUGGGAGGGCAGGGGAAGAUGGAGAGGGGUUUGCAUCCCUUAAUGUCUAGAAUGAGGAUGCUGACAUUCCAUUGGCUCGUGCGAUCAAGAUGUUCUUAAAUUAACUAUUUUAGCGAAUAUCAAGAGUAUAAAAAAUGUGAAUCAUUUUUAUGUUCCAACCACACUUGCACAUUAUGUGAAACUUGUCUUUUUAUUUUUAGUCAUAUUGGGGGGGCGAAAGGAGUAACAUCCACAGUUUUUUUUAUCAUUCGGUGAUAAAUGACUGAGACCCAGCAAAACGGUUUAUUUCAUUUCAAAACUACACUUCCCUCUCUCAAGGAAAAAAAAAUUGAACUUUUCUUUUGAUUUCUUUAAUAUACAUUUCAGCCUAUGGAUGUUUCUCCUUACAGUACUUCAUCCUCAGAAUUUUCUCAAAUCUGUGCUGGCGUUUUUAAAAGAACACUCAGAAGUUCUGAUGGAUUUCAUUUUUCUUCUUCUCUCUCUUCCUCUUUCUCCUUUUACAAACUUCUAUCUGUCCUUCCUCUUACUCACUCUCUUUUUUUGAGCAAUAUCUUCCCAAGAUGAAAUAAUUUUUCUCAGAAUAGCAAAUUCUAUGUGUAUUGAACUAGUGAAUAUACAGAAAACUUUAUUUUUUAUUUCCACUUGAAAGAGUUACAUUUCGUAUAAAAAAAGUUUACAGAUAACGGUUUUUAUUUUAUGAUUUUUUUUCAGUAUAAAAGUUGCCUUGAUGGCAUAUAAUAUUAUUACAUUAUGAGAUGCAUAACUUUAACGCUAAUAGCUUGUAGGAUAGUUAAAUGUCAGUAUUGAAUUCUUAAUCUUUAGCUGAGUCUUGUAGAUAUGAACAAUCUCAUUUACCAAGCAUGUAUUUUGUAUAUUGUUGCAUUGUACACUGCAGCUAAUAAGCCAAGGAUUCGACAUUAGAUGCGUGUACUGUUUCUAUAAACCACAGACUUCAGAAUGACAAAACUCUCAAUAUGGUUUAGUAUUUGCUAAUUUUACUACACUCUUUUUGUUAUGUAUAUGUAGAAAGGUCAUACGGAUUAUAAAUUCAAUUUGAGUAAAGUUUAAAAAAAGCAUAUAUUUUAUGAUAAAGGGCCUUUAACUUAUGAUGGCCAAAGCACUGAUAUUAUAUAUUUGCUGUAAAGAGAAUUAUAAGAGUUUUAUUUUUCUGAUAUUAAAAAGUUACUUAAUAAAGACUUGUUUCCAUUAA